AUGUACGGACUCAGUGAGCACAGUCUGGCCAUUGAAACUGGCCGGGGCAGACAGACCUGGUUACCCAGAGAGGCCAGACUGUGCUCUCACUGUGAGCUCUCAGUGGUGGAGAUGGAGCUGCACUUCCUCACAGAGUGCCCGAGAUACGUCUCCAUUAGAAAGGAGUUCUAUAAGAAAGUGAGCAGCGUCUGUCCUGAGUUUGAGCUCUGCAGUGACUCUGAGAAACUGGCGUACGUGUUAGGAGGGAAGAGCGAGCUGAUCACACACGCAGCGAGAUACGUGACAGCCUGUCACAACCUCAGGGACGACCACAUGUCCGAGUCCGUCACAGAAGCUUGUCAGGACUAUCUGAAUUGUUCGGUUUGUCUGAACAUAUUAAUGGAUCCUGUGACUAUACCCUGUGGCCACAGUUACUGUAUGGAGUGUAUUAAAGAGUGCUGGGAUGAAGAAGAGCUCCAGAAGAAGGCGUACAGCUGCCCGCAGUGCAGAGGCCGCUUCCCCACGAGGCCUGUCCUUAACCGAAGCACUGUCCUCACUGACGUGCUGAGGGGUUUGAAAAGCCCUGCUGACAUGCAGGUGAAGUUAAACGGUGGAGAGUGUAACUUCUGCAGUGGAGAGAAACGCAGAGCCGUAAAAUCAUGUCUCACCUGCGUGGCGUCUUUCUGUGAAACUCACCUGAAAACUCAUCUCGAGUUUCCGGUCCUUCAGAGACACACGCUGGUUGAACCCUGUUCGCGGUUACAGGAGAUGCUCUGCCCUCUUCAUAACAAACUCCUCGACGUUUAUUGUGUCCGGGACAAGCGCUGUAUCUGCCUUCUGUGUGCUAUGGAUGAGCACAGUGACCACAAAACGGUCUCUGCUGCUAAAGAGUGGUCCGAGCAACGACAGAAACCACUGCAGAACUUGCAAGAGAGAUUUCCUAGACUACUACAACGUAGAGAGAAAGAGUUGCAGGCACUUAAUAAGGCUGUCAAGACUUAUUCUACUUCAGCACAGGCAGCUGUAGAGCUCAAUGAGAGUUUCUUGGCCGAGAUCACUCAGUCCAUGGAGAAGAAACUGUCUCAGACGUCUAACCUGAUCCAAGUCUAUGAGAAGAAAGAGUUGUGCCAAGCAGAAGGCCUGCAAAAGAAACUGGAGCAGACAGUUGCACGUCUUAAGCUGAGUGAUGCUGAGUGCGAUCAACUUGGACACACAGAUCAGCACAUACUGUGUCUCCAGGAAUUCCUUUCUCUCUCUGCAUUUUCUGAGACGGAGAGCCUGCAAAGCAACCCAGUGAAAGAAAACCCCUCGUUUUUGAAUGCCGCUGGUCUUUUAUCAGGACUGAAGGAACAGCUGGAGAAACUCUUUGAUAAAAAAAUGAAUGAGAUGACAAGUGCUGCUAUAAAACUCAAAAUUGUCCUACCAGCCAACCCCAAGACCCGGCAGGAGUUCCAAGAACAUUUUUGCCAGCUGAAGCUGUCCCCUGAGUCAAGUCAUGCAUCGCUAAAGCUGUCUGAAGAGAACCGAAAGGUUGAGCAUUCAUCAUCGUCCUCAUAUUCCAGGGUUCAGCCCAAUGCAGAGAGAUUCACUUCUUUGUACCAGGUUCUGUGUGAUAGUCCUGUAAAAGGCUGCUGUUAUUGGGAGGUCAUGAGGAGCGGCACUGUUCAUAUUGCCCUGUCGUAUGGCAGUAUACCCAGGAAUAGCGGUUAUAGUGACAGCAAGUUUGGAUAUAACAAUCAGUCAUGGAGUUUGGAAUGCUAUGACAACAAAUGCACAUUUUGGCAUAACGGUAAUGCCACUGAACUUUCAGCAUGGUACCUGAGUAAAAUAGGGGUUUAUCUGGAUGAAGGUGCAGGUAUGCUGGCUUUCUACCAGAUCUCUAGCAAUUCUGAGAUGACGCUGCUGCAUAAAGCACAAGUAGAAUUGACAAAGCCUGUUUAUCCUGGCUUCAGACUCGAACGCGGUUCAUCUGUGACUUUGUGCUAG